GCAAAGCGCUAAAACCCCUCCUCCAUCUCCCACUAGUCACCAGCAAAAAAGAACACGUUGCCACUGUAAUACCCUGCACGAAGACACAGCACAGCUUCCUCUCAGUUCAAGUUCCUCUCAACACAUCCUCUUUGGUUCUGCUUAAAAUCUCCACUUUGAAGAAAAGAUGGUGAGCAAAAGACAGAAACUAGCACGAAAGAGAUUCAAAGGGGAACAUCCUGAGUUGUUUCCAAAACCAGAACCAACACUACUCAAGGAUCCCAACAAGAAGAAGAAGAAAAAGAGCUUGCUCAAGAGAAAAAAGUCGGACCCAAAUGAGCCUUAUAAAAAAGGGUUUAGACGACACCCACUUAGAGUUCCUGGUAUGAAGCCUGGUGAUAGUUGUUUUAUUUGUAAAGCUAAAGACCAUAUUGCCAAACUUUGCCCUCAAAAAUCUGAGUGGGAAAGGAAUAAGAUAUGUUUGCUUUGUCGGCACCGUGGGCAUAGCCUCAAGCGUUGUCCUAACAAGAAUGACGAGACCAUGGACCAGAAAUUGUGUUACAAUUGUGGGGAAAAAGGGCAUUCGCUUUCUCAAUGUCCUCAGCCAAGAGAAGAUGGGGGAACAAAGUUUGCCAAUUGCUUUAUUUGUAAUGAACGUGGACAUUUGAGCAAGGACUGCCCUAAAAAUACUCGUGGUAUAUACCCGAAGGGUGGUUGCUGUAAAGUAUGUGGUGGUAUAACACAUUUGGCUAGAGAUUGUCCUGAUAAGGGUUUGAGAGGUUCUGCAGCCACUGGCAAAGAAGCUACUGGAAGGGAAGUAAGGCCUCCCGGGCGGGUGACUAAGUUUGUAAGUGGAGAUGAGCUUGAUGAUGAUUUUAUGACAGGAAACAUGUAUAGCAUUCCAGCAGACAAGUCAUCUGAUUCAAAAAUCGAUCCUUCUGUUUCAAAAGAUGUUCAUGUAAAAUCAAAAAAGAAACAAGGUCCUAAAGUAGUGAACUUUGUAGGGGCGAACGCGGCGUCUGGAAUGGCUGUUGAUGAUGAAUGUAAGCUGAAGUUCUUGGAACUAAAGGCAAAGAGGAACUACCGAUUCAUCAUUUUCAAGAUUGAGUCUCAGCAGGUGGUGGUAGAGAAACUUGGGAGCCCUGAAGAAACUUACGAGGAAUUCGCUGCAUCUCUACCUGCUGAUGAGUGUCGCUAUGCUGUCUUUGACUAUGAUUUCACAACUAAUGAGAAUUGCCAGAAAAGUAAAAUCUUCUUCAUUGCAUGGUCACCUGAUACAUCAAGGAUCAGAAGUAAGAUGGUCUAUGCAAGCACCAAAGACAGAUUCAAGAGGGAACUAGAUGGCAUUCAAGUGGAGUUGCAAGCAACAGAUCCUAGCGAAAUGAGCUUUGACAUUAUUAAGUCUCGAGCUCUUUAGACAUUGUUGUUUCUCUUCCUUCAACUGCCAGUCUUUCUUGACGAAUUUCAUUUCGCCGGUGUUGUUUAUUAAUUUACUUUUUUAUGUUUAUUCUUCUAACUUAAUCCUAAUUUUUGUUGUAUGGAUUUAUGUUAACCUUGUUUGAUAUAAUAUUAUGCAUUAUUUCUUCA